AAUGGCUGUAUGGUCAGCAGUGGGUUUCCUGUUCCUCCCCAGGAGCCAGAGCUGCACCGGGUCCAGACCGCGUCAGCCCCGGCCCCAGCAGGACGCCAGCAGCAGCCUCACAACGAAGACCCAACAACAAAUAUAGGCUGGAAGGACUGUGCCCUGACCCCCUGGCUGGACAGUGGUGCCAUGGGCUUUGGGCCGGAGCUGUGGUGCCCGCAGGGGCACAGUGCCCUGCUGCGGCUGCAGGAUGGGGAGCUGCGCCUCCUGGAGCUGAUGAAGAAGUGGAUGUCACAGCGGGCCAAGAGCGACCGGGAGUAUGCAGGGAUGCUGCACCACAUGUUCUCCCAGCUGGAAAAGCAGGAGGGCACUUGGCAGCUCCAUGGCAACCAUGGUGGUCACACUGAGAAGUCCUGGUGGGUGCUGGUGAGCCGGACAGAGACGCUGAGCCAGAUCCUGCGGCGGCACGCGGAGGAGCUGGCAGCGGGGCCGCUGGCCAAGCUGAGCCUGCUCAUCCGCGACAAGCAGCAGCUGCGCAAAGCCUUCAGCGAGCAGUGGCAGCAGCUCAGCCAGGAGUACAACCGGACGACGCAGCAGGAGAUGGAGAAGCUGAAGGCACAGUACCGCAGCCUGGUCCGUGACAGCACCCAGGCCAAGCGCAAGUACCAGGAGGCCAGCAAAGACAAGGAGCGGGACAAGGCGAAGGAGAAGUAUGUGCGCAGCCUCUGGAAGCUCCAUGCCCUCCACAAUCAGUACGUGCUGGCUGUGCAGGCGGCUGCACUGCACCACCAGCACCACUACCAGCGGGUGCUGCCCAGCCUGCAUCAGUCCCUCUACGGUCUGCAGCAGGAGAUGGUCCUCGUCCUAAAGGAGAUCCUCAGCGAGUACUGCAGCAUCAGCAGCCUGGUCCAGGAGGACCUUUUGGCCGUGCACCAGGAGAUUGCCACUGCCAUCCAGGCCAUCGACCCUGCCACUGAGUACAGCAGCUUCAUCCAGAGCCACCAGUAUGAAUCUGAGAUGCCACCAACUGUGUCCUUUGAUGAGAGCCUGCUGGAAGACACAGAAAACCUGGUGCCAGGGGAGCUGCAGCUGAAUGAGCUGACCCUUGAAAGUGUCCAGCACUGCCUGACCUCGGUUGAGGAGGAGUUGGUGGCUGCCACUGAGGCCGUGGGUAUCAAGGAGCAGCAGAUGCAGGAGCUGAAGGCAGAGAUCCAUGAUGAGGAGCAGGGCCGGAGCCCCGGGGAGCGGGUGCACUUGUUGGGCAGGCGGCAGGGACUGCAUGAGGUGCGGCAGCAGCUCGAGGGCUGCCUGUGUGCCCAGGCCAAGCUGCAGGCGCAGCGGGACCUGCUGGCCAGCAAGCUGGCAGAGCUGGGCGCCAGGGACCCCCUGCCUGCCCUGCCUCUGCCAGAGGAUCGGCAGUCCGUCUCCUCCACGGAGCAGGAGCGGAGCGGGGCCAGUGCGCUGGAGACCCUCAAGAACCACAUCACGGGGAUCUUCAGCCCAAAGUACUCGCUGCCACCCCCCGUGCCCCUAAUCCCAGACGUGCAGAAGCCGCUGUGCCAGCAGGUCUGGUACCACGGGGCCAUCCCACGUUCGGAGGUACAGGAGCUGCUGACCUGCAGUGGGGACUUCCUGGUGCGGGAGAGCCAGGGCAAGCAGGAGUACGUGCUCAGCGUGCUGUGGGACGGGCAGCCCCGGCACUUCAUCAUCCAGGCUGUCAGUAACAUGUUUCGGCUGGAGGGUGAGAGCUUCCCCACCAUUCCGCUGCUCAUCCAGAACCUCCUGCAGAGCCAGCAGCCCAUCACCCGCAAGAGUGGCAUUGUCCUGGCCAGGGCUGUGCCCAAGGACAAAUGGGUGCUUAACCACGAGGACGUGCUGCUGGGGGAACGCAUUGGUCGGGGUAACUUUGGGGAAGUGUUCAGUGGACGCCUGCGUGCUGACAACUCCCCCGUUGCUGUGAAAUCCUGCCGGGAAACCCUUCCACCUGAGCUCAAGGCCAAGUUCCUGCAGGAAGCUAGGAUUCUCAAGCAGUACAGGCACCCAAACAUUGUGCGUCUCAUCGGCGUCUGCACGCAGAAACAGCCCAUUUACAUUGUCAUGGAGCUGGUGCAGGGGGGGGACUUCCUGACCUUCCUGCGCAGCGAGGGUCCCCACCUCCGCGUGAAGGAGCUGGUCAAGAUGACAGAGAAUGCUGCUGCCGGCAUGGAGUACCUGGAGAGCAAGCACUGCAUCCACAGGGACCUGGCUGCUCGCAACUGCCUGGUGACAGAGAGGAACACCCUGAAGAUCAGUGAUUUUGGGAUGUCACGGGAGGAGGAAGACGGCAUCUAUGCCUCCACAGGGGGGAUGAAGCAAAUCCCUGUCAAGUGGACGGCCCCUGAAGCUCUCAAUUAUGGCCGAUACAGCUCAGAGAGUGAUGUCUGGAGCUUUGGGAUCCUGCUGUGGGAAGCCUUCAGCUUGGGCGCCAUCCCCUAUGCCAACCUCAGCAACCAGCAGACACGGGAGGCAGUGGAGCAUGGUUUGCGGCUGGACCCUCCCGAGCAGUGCCCUGAGGAGGUGUACCAGCUGAUGCAGCGCUGCUGGGAGUAUGACCCCCACAAGCGGCCCAACUUCUGCACCAUCCACCAGGACCUCAUUGCCAUCCGCAAGAGACAGCGGUGACAGGGAGCACCAGGGGCCCUGGAUCCAUCCCAUGGCACUGCUGGGGGGCACAGCAGAGCCCUGUCUGGGCAGCGGGUACUGCGGGGUGGCUGUGUGGUGAUUGAGCCCCAGGGCAGGGGCUCCUGCAUACCUCAGGGUGGGACAUGGCACCCACAUCUCCUGCCCGACUUUGUCCUGUACAAUAAACACUCGUGCUCUGCAGCUGUA